AUGCCGUCAAUUUUCAGCCUGAGCAGCCUUCCCUCCCCGACCGCCGUGCUCUUCCUUAUCGUCGGCUUCCAGCUCGGAUGGAUCUCCACGUCAGUUAUCCUGCCAGCGUGGCAGCAACAGCACCAGCAGCAGGGACCGUGCUUCUCACCUGACGACCCCGGAUGUGCCAGAGGAAAUGCUCUCGCGUUCCUAUCCUUCUUCUCCUCCUCCUCGGGCAGUUUGAGUCCCUCUGGCGCGAGAAGCGGCGAUCUUGGUUCUGUUAACGGAGAGCCUUGUAACGCGUCGCUGGUGCUGCUGAAGCAGCAGCAGGACGCUAUUCUGCAGUCCCUGCAGGAGCAGGAGGUGGGGAUUCAGAGGCUACAGCAGCUAGUGGCUGCGCGAAAUGGCACCGUUGUGAGCGAAAUCGCGGAACCGGCCUGCGCCAAUGACACGAUGCCACGUGUCGGCACAAUCCACUGGAACCCGAAGCCCCAGAGGUACCUGAUAGCGCUGUGUUCAGGCGGGCAGCUGAGCAACCGCCUGGCGUGUCUGCGGCAGAGCAUGCUGAACGCGGCUCUCAUGAACCGCACACUCGUCAUCCCCACUCAGGGCAUCGACUAUGACUACGAGGCGCUGCUAGACCUGGGGGCAUUCGACGAGUGCAUGGGUCGUGGGCGAGUCAUCACCUUCUCAGCCUACAACGCGUCAGUCCGAGGCCGCGUGCGAGUAGGGCGCUACAUCUGCCACGUGCACGUGUACCAAACCGACCAGGCAUGCGACUCUCUCCGCCUCUCUUACGAGGCCCGCCUGCACGCGUCCUUUGCCAAGCACGAGAUCGCCCGCAAGCGCACACCCAGCCCCUGGUUCAAGUACCCCACUGCGGAGUUUCUCAGAAAGUUCCAUGGGGAUCACCACGUGAUUGCGUUUGCGAAUAUGUUUGGUGUCGGUGGGAGGGAGCUGAGGUUUCAUGGGAGAGCACCGCUGGUGGUGCGCCCGGAGUGCCGCGGGCUGCUGCAGCCCAGCCGGGCGAUUCAGGAGGCGGCUGUGGGGUUUAUCAAUACGUUCCUGGGUUCGCGCUUCAUUGCCAUUCAUCUGCGCAGGGGCGAUUUCUUCCACCACUGCAUACAUGGGGACGGCAGUCACAGGGCGGUGCCGUGCUUCCACCCCAUCCACCAGCUCGCACGCUGCCUGCACUCACGCCUGCAGGCUCUGCCCGGCGCUGCCAUGGUGUUUGUGGCCAGCAAUGCCGGGGAGGAGGAGAUGCGCGCCCUGUCAGAGACGCUGGCCAUGCUCGGUUCCCCGCAUUCGUUUGUAUCAUUGCCACCGAGCCUCAAGGGCCAGGCUUGGGCCGAGCCUCUUCUCAGCCUAGGUCUGGAGAGCAACAGGGAGGUGGUGUCGUUUCUGGAUAAGACCAUCUGUGCACUCGCUCUCAAGUUCUACGGCACGUCAGGCUCCACAUAUUCGCAUGACAUCAUGCGGUUACGAGAAUGGUGGCGAGAUGACCACU